UGUUAAGGGGGGGUGGGUUUGUUAUAAAAAAAAGGAGGGGAGGAAAAUAAGUAGUGCCUUUUUUGUUUUAUGGCCGUAACCCACUUUCUUUUUGCCCUUUUUAUCUUUUUUUUUACUGACUGAUAUAAAAGAUGACUUUUGAUUUUGAAGAACGUGCGGGUGAUUUAAUUGAAAAUGUGACGGGAAAUGAAAGUGUUGUGCUCUACUCUAGUCAAGAUUUCAAGUUGGUGAAUAAAGGAUGGACGAAUACGUUUCGUCAACGCUACGGGAGUCAAUUGAAUGCCCAAAAGAAGACGGUAGGUCAAGUAGCGUAUGUGACAACCACGAUGCAACAUGGGCGUUGCCAUGUGUUUUAUUUGAUUGUGACGCCUAAAUCCUACAACAAGGCAAAUUAUUCAGAUAUCGAAUCGUGUUUGAUUAGCUUGAGAAAGUUGUGUGAACAAUUGGACGUGCGUCAAUUGGCUUUAGGUCGUGAAUUGGGUUUAUUACAAGAAAAAUAUAUCAAGGAUGUACUCUUUAAUGUAUUUCAAGGCUGGCACGGUAAAAUCGUCAUGUAUCUUGGAGAAUCCUAAAAAAAUAAAUAAAAAUAAUAAAAAAUGUGUGCGGGGGCCCGACUUUUUUUUUUUCUUUUUUUCUCACACACACACAUUUUUAAAAAUGUCU